UUUUUUUUUAAAAAAUUUUAGUUUCAAAAAAUCUUACAAACUUAUUAUAUAAAUACCUAAAUAAUAAAAAUUAUGUUUUCAAAUUACAUUAAAAAAUAUAAAAUUUCAUCAGAUAUUAAAUGGGAAGUAAUAUAUGCCCUUCAAGAAUGCCGAGAUAGAUGUUUAUUGCACAGUGGUAAAAUGCUGUCUGAGUUAUUAUUAACUUUAAAAGAAAUUCCACCAUUAUUUGAUAAUGAAAGAGGAGUGGAUGGUGAUAUGAUGGCCUAUCAUGAUGUCGAUCAAUUUGAUAGUACCGAAGAUUACCUUAUAUAUAGUAAAGCACGAUCAUACUAUGAAACUGAAGAAUACUACACAUGUGCUCAUGUAUCAAAAAAUUCUAACAACCCUGAAACAAUGUUUUUGCAUUAUAUGGCUAGAUAUAUAAGUUUAUAUAAUCAAUCAAUAUAUGAACGUACAAAUUUAUUUGAAGAACCAAAAUUAGUAGAUAUGCAGCGAAACUUUAUAUUAUUACUAGACGAACUUCUAAUUUUUACUGUAUAUGGUGGUGAAGAUGAUGAAGUUGAAGAUGAUAUUCAAUCACAAUCAUCUUUUAUUUCAGAAAUGGAAGAUGAUGAAAUUGAUCUUAAAAUUAAUGUUAAUCAACAAAAUGAAUCAACACCAAUAAAGAGAUGUUCUAGUAGAAGACGUAGCAAUUUAAAACCAAUGAUUACCAAUGUCCAAAAAAAAACCAUUUCUAAUAAAAAUAAUAAAAGUAGUUUAUUCAGAAAAAAAAAUGUGCAAUCCAAAGUUAGUGUCACAUUUGAUGCUUGUAAAAGCCUUGAAAAUGGUUGUGGAGAUCCCUACUUACUGUGGCUAGCAGCAGUAAUGUUAAAAAAAGUUGACAGGUGUGAAGAAGCAACAAGAUUAUUAAUUGAAUCAUUGGAAAUUCAACCAUGCCAUUGGGGUGCUUGGCUUGAGCUUUCUACUUUAAUCAAAGAUAUUAAAAUGCUUGAAGAACUAAAGUUACAAAACCAUCCUAAUCAUUGGAUGCAUUUAAUAUUUUUAGCACAUGUAUACUUGGAUUUUCAAUUGACUGAUAAAGCAUUGCAAAUAUACAAUGAUAUUUUACAGUAUGGUAAUGAAGUAUUCCAAAAAUGGCCUUACUUACGGUGUCAAUUAGCCAUUUCAUAUCAUAAUAAAAGAGAAAUUGUUCAAUCUGUAAAUGAGUUUAUAAAUGUUCUACAAUUAGAUCCAUACAGACUAGAUAAUAUAGAUUUGUUGUCAAAUUUAAUGUAUGUGUGUGACCACCGUGAUCAACUCAUUGUUUUAUCUAAACAUGCAUCAUAUGUUGAUCGUUAUCGUCAAGAAACAUUAUGUAUUCUUGGUAACAUGUAUAGUUUGAAAUGUGAUCAUGCAAAAUCUGUAUUAUAUUUUAAAAAAGCAUUAAGAAUGAAUCCCUCUAAUGUAACUGCAUGGACUUUAUUGGGACAUGAAUAUAUUGAAAUGAAAAAUUCUUAUGCAGCUAUUGCAUCAUAUCGUCAAUCAUUACAAAUUAAUAUAAAAGAUUAUAGAGCAUGGUAUGGCCUAGGACAAAUUUAUGAAUUAGUAAAAUUACCAAACUAUGCAUUGUAUUAUUUUAGUCAAGCAUAUACUUUAAGACCUCAUGAUUCACGUAUGCUAGUUGCAUUAGGUGAAAUGUAUGAGCGCACAGACAGAAUUUGUGAAGCUCUGACAUGUUAUUAUAAGGCUUUACGUUUUGAUACUGAAGGAUCAGUUCUAUUUAAAAUAGCAAAGUUUUAUGAAAAAUAUUGUGAUAAUAGCAAUAGCCAAGUUGUAUGUGAUAAUUUUCACUGUCUAAAUAAAAUAGCUCUAAAAAAUGCACUAGCUGAAAAAGCUUCAGAAAAAAUUAUUAAUCUUAUAUUAGCUAAGAUUUAUUUAUACUUAGGACAUCAUUAUUUAGAUCAGAAUAAUUAUGAAAAAUCAUUUGCCAUGGCUGAUAAAUGUAGAUCUUUAUGUAUUGAAGAACAAAAUACUGACAACAAAAAUGUAUUAGAGUUACAGGAAAAUGUCAACAGUUUAGUUAAUGAAAUUGAAAGUAGAGUUGGAGUUACAGGAAAUACUAGUGGCUCAUCAUCUGCAGGAGGACCGUUAAGAGCACGUCGAUUUUUAUUUGCUUUAUAGUUAUAAUGUCUAUAAAGCUUUUACCAAUAUUUUUUAAGUGUACUUAAGGAAAAAAAUGUUUUCUUGAAAUUUAUGUAAUUUUAAUUAUAAUUUUAUUUAACUUAUAAAUUAAACAAUUUUUUGUUGUCUGUAAAUAUUGUGUACUACAUGCAUAUCAUCAUAUUGCACAAUAAAUUUAAUGCUACUACUAAAAAUAUUUAAAUGUUAGAUUAUAGCUAUCAAAAAUAUAUUCUUACAUA